GUGUUGAGCAGAUAACUAGUACCGCACACGUUCUAGAAAAGACAGGUUCUGCAAGGACGUCCUGGCAAGGCUACAUAAGAAUUUUGUGACCAAAAUCCCACGCCGUACAGUGACAUAACAUGGAGCUCAACUGUGUGUCUGCGAACAUUUUACUGGCAGCAGCACUGAUGCUGUCAUCAAACGCCUAUGUCUUAAACGUAACGACAACGGAGGUAGAAAUAGGAAAAACAAAAAAUGUGUCGUUAGGAUGCUCCAACCCUCACCUCCUACCCGACGUUGCUGAAAUCGCCAUGGUGAGAAUUUUGAAGUGGGAAAACAAGCGAUGGAACAGUGUUGCGGAACAGCGUGGUGACGAAACAGUCGUCAAGCAAAACUCCAAGGACAUCGUCGUUGAGGCCAGUUUGGGUUCUGGGGAUCAAAGCUUCCUGCGGCUGACCUGGCCCGUGGCGACCGUCGACACGGUAGGCAGAUACCGCUGUGACGUCAUCGCCUUAUCUGUCCAGGAGAACGUCAUAUGGCUGAAGAGUCAGCCGGUUUUCAUCAGCCGUAAAGAAGAGAUCACUGUCCAGAUGCUGAGCCAGAUAGUGGAGGAGAACAGGAAGGAAUGUGUUCAGCAACUGCUCGCUCAGAAACGUGACGUACUAGAGAAUGUGACAGCGACAAUUGGCGCUCUUGAAGCGGGUGUCCAGAGAACGUUCAAAGCGCAACGACAGGUCCUGAACGACACGGUCGCAGAGAGCAAGAGAGAACGACUUAGUGAACUACGCUUGCAGAGAACGGACAUUCUGCAGAAUGUGACUGCAGCGGCAGAGAAGAAAAAACGAGAGUGGGUUCAACAACUGUCCACUCAGAAGCAAGACAUUUUGAGAAAUGUAACAACGAUUGUGGAGGCUCUGGAAACGAGUUUCGAGAGCAGAUUGAAGAGCGAGCUAGAGGUUUGGAAGAAGGACAUAAAACAAGACAUUCUGAAAAACGUGAAGUCAACAGUGGGGGCUGCGGAAGACUCUUUCGAAAGCAAGUUGGAUGCAGUGAAGAAGGGACUUAAGCCCAGGUUUUGCGCAGACGUCCAGGGUUUGGGCCCUCGACCACUGAUCACUCUCAGGAGCGGUCUACAAGUCGUCUGCGACACUGAGACUGACAACGGGGGCUGGAUCUUGAUACAGAGACGUAUCUCGGGAGACGUAGACUUUCUUCGUGGCUGGGCGGAUUACCGGAACGGGUUCGGCGACUUAUCCGAGAACUUCUGGCUCGGACUAGAGAAUAUCCACCAGCUGACAAGUCAGGCAAGUCCACUCGCAAAAUACGAACUGAGGUUUGAUUUUGCAUACAUGGGUACCUCCUACUACGCCGCCUACGACGAGUUUUCACUUUCAGGAGAACUUGAGAACUACACUAUCCAAAUUUCAGGAUUUUCCGGUAAUGUGAAGGACGAAAUGAGGUAUCAUAACGGGCUUCCUUUUUCCACCAAGGACCGUGACAACGAUUCCUUCAGGCACUACAACUGUGCGGAAGCUGACCACGGAGCCUGGUGGUACAGGAACUGCCAUCGUGUCAAUUUUAACGGGGAGUGGGGCAGCUCAGGAGGUGGCGACGGCUUGAUCUGGGAUAGUGUGACGGGCCGGUACAAUUCUGCAACCUUCACCGAAAUAAAGAUUCGCCCAAAAAUCGCUAAGUGUUAACUUAACUCUAUAAGGACGAAGAGGACGCAUGCGUCCGACCAGCAAGUUACAGACCAAGGGCAAUGUUGAGGCACAUUUGGAGCCAUCAAACACACAAGCGAACUAAAAACAUGAAUUGGCAGAGUUCAUAGCAUGCAUAUUCUUGCCUGCCUCGUUAAAAUUUCAGACAAAGAAAACAGAUGGAAAAAUCUGCAUGAAUAACGAAAGUAUGUCUCCAUUUUUAAUAUACUUCGAAGGUACGAGUUGUCAGUGCGUGAACCUUGGGAGGUCGGCAACUCUCCAGUAACCCACUAGUUCCUGCAUUAUUUUUUUCUUCUUGUUAUCCUGAGUGCCACUUGCCUGUACUAUAUUUGUGAGGCAGCGUGGUGGAAUCAGGCUCUCGUCAAAAUAUUGACAGU